AUGGCCUACAUCCUUACCCCACGUUUUGCCCCAGCCUACCAAGCUCCGCAGUGCAGCCCCUUCGGCAUUUGCGCCCCCCAAUCGCAGCCUACCUACGGAUACCGUACGGUUCAGCGCCCCCAGUCUCAGCCUCAGUCGCGUCUGUCGCCUUUUGCUAGCUUCUUCAGCCAGCUCGAUGAUCUAGUCAACGAGAUCGACCGCGAGUCGCAGCGUCAAGCCCAGAUCGAAGCUCAACGUGAGGCGCAACGCGAGGCGCAACGUGCCGCACACAUCGAAGCUCAGCGCGAAGCAUACCAAGCACACAUCGAGGCCCAGCGAGCAGCGUACCGCCAGCGUCAAGCACAGAUUGAGGCUCAGCGCGAGGCCCAUCGCCAGCGACAGCUUAGCAAGCUUACACCGAGGGCGAACUUCUCCGUCACUCAGAAUGAUCAGGGCUGGCAGGUCGAUGCUGAGGUCUCUGGUUUUGAGCAGGAGAACAUCAACAUUGAGGUGACAGACGAGAACACCCUGAGGAUCGCCGGCAACACCGAGUGGGGCGCAAAGCCUUCGGCAGAAGCACAGCCAGAACUCGAGAACACCCCUGCAGUCGAGCAUUCUGCUGAGGUCAUUAGCGAGCAGACAUCAGAAGACAAGGUGGAAGACAUCACGCUUGAGCCUGGAGUUGAGGUUGCUGCCUCUGCUACCGAGUCUACUGAGACUGAGUCUGUUCGCCCCGCUACUCCAGACAGCGAUACCGCAUCCCACAGAUCCUACCAAGCCACCGUCGAGGAUGAAUUCGAAGACCUCGGCCCCGAAGCCUCAGUCCUCUUCUCCACCUCCUCGACGCCUACCACACCUUCUGAGCCCAAGGGUAAGGAGAAGGCUGUAGAUUCACCCGUUGAACACGGCGAAUUCGUCGAGGACCCUGAAGUGUCCUUACCCACCGAGGUAGCAGUUACACAACAGCCCCAGCCUGAGGCGCCAGCUCAGCAGCAGCAAGAGGAGCGUCCGCACGGAUCCUUCGAGCGCACGUUCAGGUUUCCAGGGCGUAUCGAUGCUAGCAAUGUCCGCGCCAGUUUCAAGGAGGGCGUGCUUAGCAUUAGUGUACCGAGAGCGCAGGCGCAGCAGCUCAGGAAGAUCGCGAUAUUGUGA